UUUAUGUUUUAGGUGUAUCACUAUGAUUGAUAUCUCCAUGGUGAUGAUUCAAAGUACCGGCUUUCAUGAAAUGUUUGCUAUGCAGUCCAGCAUGGUGUGUGCUCUGUGGGGACACCUCCAGAGAGCCAUCGAAUCUAAGUGCAGUGUAGAUGACUUAGGAGGCAGUUUGAUGAAAGCUCUCACUGAUAUUUCAACGCCGGAUUUCUCAAGCACUGGAAGUUUGGAAGAAACGCCUGAUUAUGGUAGUACCAUGGAUGAUGAUACAGACGAUGACGAUGACGAUGACGAAGAUGUAGAUGAUAAACACGACGCUCUGGAAAGUUCUGAUGACGGUAAUGACGACGAAAACGGGGAUGAAGAAGAAAUGCAAGAAGGAACUCGGACAUCUGGUGAACAGUGCUUUGGAGUACAAAAAUUUCGUAUGCUUGGUUGUGAACUUGCUGAUAUCUCAAAAAGUCUUUUGUUCGCCGAUGCUCCUGUCAUGAACUUAAUUGCUUCGACUGCGGAAUGCCAUCGACUGUUGAAGCGCCCCCUGUCUUCUCAUAAAUUUGAAAUAAGCGCCCCGGGCGCUAAUUCGAGGAUUUAUGGUAUUAAUGUUUACCGAUACGUCCUUAUUCAGGUUGUCUCUAACAAGACCUCCUCUAGCAAAAUGAUAAGGAUGUCCUGUGAUAUCGCAAUAAAACUUGGCCCUGCUCUGCUCGAGUUAGUGAGAGCAAUUAUCAGAGCAUCACAGAGAAAACAGAAAGGAAAGAAAGAUCAAGAUGUCGACAAAAACACGUUACACGAAGUUCUUUGUCAAUCUCCCGUUUUGAUCGAUUGCUUCACAUCUGUACUUCACAUUUACGCAAUUUCCGAACAGUCCAGGAAACUAAAGCGCGUAAAGGAGGUUUACAAGGAAUGCAAGUUGCAGGAUGUCUUUGACGUCAUACUGACAGCUGCCAUUCAUCACGUGUUCAAGCGGGACCUACCGCGUUUAGAAAUUGCAUUCAACGACAGUGAGGUUGCAAGUUUACAUUCCAGUCUCCGAUUUCUCAAAGUGGUGUGUUUGUCAUGCUCAAAUCUGGAGCUACAUUUACCAGAUGAUUUUCACAUUCGACUUCUCGCCUCCACGCUUCACUUCUUGAGAUUACUCGAACUUAACCAUAACAGUUUUACCGAUAUUACGAAGAAUACUGAGUCUUAUGUUGAAAAGGAAAAUGACGACUAUCAAAGCAGAAUGACAGAGGUGUUAUUAGUGGAGCAAGGAAAGGCUUCAUGGAGUGAUGACGCUGUCGAACAGGGUUACUGUCUUGUAGUGUCAUUACUUGAAGGAUGUGAACCUGCUCUGCUUCCUGAGCUACUCGAUGGACUUGGCGACGAAAUUACUACAAAACACAUCAGUGAGACUCCUCUUGAACGACUCCGCGUGGCUCUUCAUAUCUGGCAUCGCCUGUUAAGUGGAUGUUUUACUAAGGAGAGAAAGAAAGAGCUCCGUCCAAAACUACCAAAGAUUCUAUUUGCACUACAGUCUGUGUUACAGCAACUGAAACAUAAUGAGGCUGAGAUUGCCAAACUGGCCAUUGAUGUCAUGGUGAAAAUAUUAUCUCUUGGAAAGGGAAUGGUGCUGCCUCAUAAUGCCCUCCUCGUCCUUCACAGCAGCCUGAUCAAGCUCCAAGCUCAUGACAAAAGGUAAUACAACUCCAGCGCCAAAAGCUCAAAAUCUGGUUAUUAUCUAAGUGGUAAACUAACCGCUAUUUUAGAUCAAAACACUCGUCGUUUCGAGGAUUAGUCUUUCGUCGAGUUCCACUUAAUUCGCUUGGCUGGGACACUUAUCUGUCAGAAGAUUAAGACACAAAAGCAUUAUUAUGUAUUAUAAUAUAGAUAGGACCCUGUGCGCGCUCUGAUUGGUCAAA